AUACAAGCAUAUACAACAAUAAUCGUAAAUAUUUUUUUACGAUUAUUGUUGUAUAGUUACAGAAGAAGACUACGGCAACAUUUUGAAAUGCCUGGGAGGAAUUUGCCGCGGCGCUAAACAAGAUGCCAUCUGCAAGGGUGACAUCUGUGCCACCUCGGUUCAAUGGUGCCACCGACUUUGAAUCCUACUACAAUAAUCUCUGUGCACUGCAAGAAACUGUGCCUGUACAGUCAGUAAAAGCCCAUCUAAAAGAGGGCGCCCUUGAUAUUAAUGCAGAUCGUAUCCGACUUCCAGACUGGGGGCCAAUUUUAAACUCUGUUCGCAUCAACAAAAGUUUGUCGUUUAUUGGGAUCCGAAGUUACUUCCAGCAAACAAAAGAUGGUGAUGAUGUAUUAGGUAAGCAGGGUGUGAGACGGCGCCCUCCUGCUGUACGUUCUAAGGAAGUGGUUAAUCGUGUGUGUUUAGCCUUGAAGGAGUGUUUGUUGAAUAGCAGUAACUUACAAUACCUUGAAGUGCAGGGUUUGCCACUCAAAGAAAAAGACAUCACCAAUUUAGCAAAGGGUUUAUCACGGGCUUCAGCCUUGGAACAUCUAUCGCUAGAAGGUUGCCGACUCGGUAACAAAGCCAUCUCUGUGCUGUGUCACAACAUCCGUAACUGCCUGUCAUUAGUCUCUUUGAAUCUGACAGGAUGCGGGUUGACAAGCACUGCUGCCCAGUCCAUUGCUAAAGUUGUUAAGCACCAAUCUACCAGACGUCACAGUGAAGCAUGGAAAGAAAGCUUACGCUACCGUCGUCCAGAUUUGGAUCGAAUGGCAGGCAUCCGUAGAAUUACUCUCAACUCCAAUCCACUGUUGAAUGACGAGGGGGCUUCUGCAUUAGCUGAUGCCAUUCGAGAUGACCUUUGGUUGAAAGCCUUAGAUAUGCAGCACUGUGGACUGUCCAAUACUGGCGCACAGGUGCUGCUUAGUGCUUUACAUGAGAACUCAACCAUCGUAGUCCUAGACGUAAGAAACAAUGCACUUGUAGAUCGUGAGAUGGUGAAAGCAGUAAUUGAACAGGUGAUGAUAAAUGGAGGUGGACAUGAAUCAGAGUACAAAUGGUUACGAAGUAGAGAAUCUACUGAAAAAACUACCAGGAGAAAAGUUAAGUAUGCCUCAAAAAUUGUGGAUAAAAAGUCAUCAAAACCGACUACUACAGGUCGUGGAAGUAGGUCACGAAUGCGAUCCAAAUCAGCUGAUGGUAGACUGGCUGGUAAGAAGGAAGUGCCUACCGUCAGGCGGCCAGGACCAGGCUUUGUACCGUGGCGUACAGCAGCUAGAGCUGUUUCUAGAGGUGCAUCAGUUGAACGUGAGAAAACUGAUUCCAGUUUAUGCACGCCUACCAAAGAUUCUGAAGGUGUUCACUUCCAUAUGACAACCACAUCAACACCAACAGACACAGAUACCACUGUUAAGGACACUAGCUCACCUCCACCUGAAAAACACUACAACUCCACAAGCAAGUGGAAGGAGAAAACGAGAGAAGAAAAGAGAAAAGAAGAGAAGGAACUCAGGGUUGAGUUGGAAGAAAUCCGUCGGCGCCACUAUGUUGAGAGCCAGGCUCAUCGUGCAGCUGAUGCUCAUGUUGUUGAGCUUGAGGUUGAAAACAGUCGUUUACGUCAUGAGAUCCAGAUGCUACAAGCAAGAGGUGCUUCAUCACCAUUCAAGAAGCAGGAUGAUCAACGACCUGAUAGCAUCGCAGGGGAUCUUGAUGAAGGAGUAUUAGACAGCAUUGAAGAAUCCUUUAGGAAAUUCCAUGCUUUCCUUGACUUAUUAAGAGAUGCAGGAUUGGGGCAACUGUGUACUCUGAUUGGCAUAUCUCCAGGCGACAUAAAAAAUCCUUCUGUGUUAUCUAUUCUGCGUGACCAUCAACCAACACCUGUGAACAAGACUGUAGCAGUACCUCACCUACAAGAGCAUGCAAGACCUUUUCAAGAUGUGGGAUUCCAUGAUGUGGGCACUAAGCCGGUUGACACUAUGCCUCCAUCACAACAUGUUACAACCCAUCCCAUGCCUUACAGUAGUUCAAUACCAGCACAAUCACAGCCACAAAGUGCUAUUGGUGCUCAGCAGUAUAUAGCACAACCACUACACCCACCACCAGGAGGUUAUGCCCCACCACCAGCAGGCUGGGUAGUACCACCAGUAGGUUGGGCAGUACCACCAGCAGGAUGGGUGCCACAACCAACAGGGUUUGUACCAACUCAUAGUGCCCCAAAUGGAAUCCAUUAUACACAAUCAUCAUCUGUGAGCUACAAACAUCAGGUGCCCCCUCAAAGCCAAGGCAUAAUGUACCCUCCACAAAGUCAGAUGCUGUACCCUUCCAUGACAUCACAAGUAGGGCAUAAAUUUGAAAAUAAUCCUUCUGAACUGCCGGGAAACGUUGGCCAGAUUCACAUCACUGGUGCACAAACCCAGGAUGUGUUAGAUCAUGUGGGCAUUGAUCGCUUCAGAGAUAGUCAAAGUCCAGAGGGACAACAAGGAUCUGAGGCACAAAGGUUUCAGAAUAUUUUAGAAAGUGGUGUUGCAACUAUGCCUAAAGCACCUUACACAGAUGGCAGUAAUCUCCAGCAGAAGGUAGAUGCAAAUGGAUCCAUUUUCAAGCAAACAGAAACCAAUGGCUUACUAACUGGACCUCCUGUAGCUAAUGAAAUCACUGAUAAAAAUGGGAAGUUAGAUGAACCAGAUUCUUUAGCAUUACAAGGAGAGGAGCUUGUUAUUCAAGGAGGAAAAAUUAAUAGAAAUGUGAUAGAAGAGGACACUAAAGACACUGCUGAUGUUAAUAGGAGUGAUAAAAUAUCCCAUGGACCCAGAGGCGAUGCUAAUUCACCUCCAAAUAACUUUCAUUUGUCUCCAUCUCCUGAUAGGACAUCACCGGCACCCUCUCCAGAGAGGGCACCCUCUCCAGAGAGGACACCCUCCCCGGCCUAUAGUGAUAGUUGGGCAUCUGGUAGCUCUGAACAUUCUAGCAAACACUCCAGGCAAAGUACAAGUUCCAGGGAGAGAAAAAGUGACGAUGAAUAUGUAAAAGGUGUGGAGAAAUCUGGAAAAAAGAUUAUGGAUGCAGCAAGUGACCGGUCAUCACCUCCAGAUAUUGUUGAGGAACUCUUGGAUUAUAGUUCGGAUAAUGAAUUUUGAACCCAACAGUACAGUAUACUGAAUGAAAGUACUAUACUUUACAAUAGACUUUGGUUCAAUUUUAGCAUUCCAAACGUAUUUUUACACAUUUCCAAAACAAAGAUUUCUUUAGUCUUUGUUGUAAUUUAUUUAUGCAAUGUACAUUUUCGAGAUUGAUAUUUUAAAAGAUUUUGAAUAAAAUAAUUUGUUUUCUGUAA